CCCAAAACUUUAAACAAUUCCGCCCACUUUCUUCCUCUCCGCGAAGUCUGUUGUUUCACCGAUGCCCAUAUCCAGCAGAAGAAAGUGCGGCCCAAAGCGCCUAUAGAGCGCUCUUCGUCGUAUUGUCUUCCUCCAGAGGCACAGCCAGGUAUCUUAUCAGGGAACCGUCCGAUUAUGGACAAUUUUAGUAUUCAGAUUAGCUCCAAUCUGGUUAAAAAGCUUGCCGAGGAUGCUGAGAAGUCAAAGAGGAAACCUAUAAGAACUAAAAAGGUACCAAGAGAGCCUUUGCAUCCCCAAGCAAGGAUAACUCAGAAGCAGGGUUCUGAUGACUCUAAAACACUCAAAGGACCAGGUGCCAAAGCAUGGCCUCUUCAGUCUCCUCUAUUCAUGCCUGUAACCCCUCCUCCUUCACAGUCACCCUAUGCAGAGCUUGAUGCCAUCAGAUCUGUUCUGCAAGAAAGCGAGAGGGUUGUGGAGCGGUUGCAGAAACACGACGAGAAAAUGCUGCAGGAAGUGACACAAAAAGCAAAGGAACUUCGUGAUAAGGAGUUCAAGCUUCCAUUCCAGAAGCCUAUGCCCUGCUCAAAUGAAAAGGAUGCUUGCUUGUCUUGCUACAAGGAGCAUGCCGACAACCCUCUGAAAUGUGCUGGCGUUGUAAAAACAUUUGAAAAUUGUGCUCGCAGAAUUAGGCAGCAAGUGGGUACAGCAGAGAAGUAAUGAAAUAGAGAGAUUUUCAGGUCAUGUACUCGAGUGGAAGCCGGUUUCCAAGAUUUUGGUAGUACAAAAUAAACCAAACACUAUUGAUUGUCCUCGUUAUUGAACUGCUUGCUGUGGUCUUAUACUGUCAUCACAUUUCUGUUGAGUCUUUAACUUUACAUGCUGAAACUGCUUCAAAAUUCACGAGUGUGAGUGAAAUGUUCACUAUUUUAGACAUGUCUAUCACAAA